AUGUCAACAAUUACUCUAUUAUUCUUAAAUACUCAUCGUGAAACUUUACAAACUUCUAAAAUCCCUUCAAAUAUACCAUUAUUAAAGAAAUAUUUAUUAGAAAAUUGGUCAAAUGAUUUUAAUAAUUUAGAAAAUCCAAAUGAAAAACCUUUAAAUAUAAAUCAAAUUAGAUUAAUUCAUUUAGGUAAACAAUUAGAAAAUGAAUCAAUAAAUCAAUUAAAUUUACAAACUAGUGAUAUUAUUCAUGUUACUUUAAAACCAAAUUUAAAUAAUGGUAAUAAUAAUACUGGUACUUCAAUAUUAAAGAAAACAACUUCAAAUAUAACAAAAAAUUCAAAUAGAUUAGAAAGAUCAAAUCAAUCAAAUAAUCAAUCAAGUAAUAAUAAUAGAAUGGAAAAUUUAGAAUCAAAUUCUAAUGAUAAAAAUGGUUGUUGUAUAAUUGUUUAA